GUGGUGUAAUCGGCGGCGUCGUUCGUGUGGACAGCACAUUGUCGUAACUAAAACUCGUGCAGUCGUGAUUAGUCAGACUUUAGACGUUGACCCGUCGACGUCGUCGUCUGCAGCGUGUAGAAGUUAAGUCGUGUUAAGUCGCCCAUAAUAUUUAAACGGUUUCGUUCCAACGGCAGACCGACGUUGACAUUAUACGGACGAUUAUAACAAUAGAACCGUUGAGUACCGCCUACAUAGCUGCUAGCUGCCGUUCUUAGUUCUCGAAUGAUAUGGUUUGCUGUUAAAACUAUACUCAAACAAUUGUAUACCUAAUCAGAAUUUGGCCACAAACAAAGAUUCACCAUGCUUCAGCAGAUUCUCAAAGACAUGUACGUUGAUCCAGAGCUGCUGGCGGAAUUAGACGAAACGCAAAAACAAACUCUAUUUUGUAGAAUGCGCGAAGAGCAAGUGCGACGUUGGAGUGUAUGGGAUCAUAACGAGGACAUUAAACCCGCAUAUCCAAAACGACAAAAAAAUAAAAAAAAAGUACAAUGGAUGUUGGAUACAAAUGGCAACCCUUGGACAUGGAUCAUGGGUGAGCAUAAAGAUGACAAGACUAUUGAACAAAUAAUAGAAGAAGAGGCUAGAGAAGCUGCAAGAAUACAAGCAGAACACGAGACUGAACAAUUGCGAUUAAAAGUUGAAUCGGAAUUAAUGGCAAUGUUGGAAAGCAAAGCAAAAACUCAAUUUAAUCCUCCUGAAAAUAAAUAUUCGCAUGCGACUGAAGAGAUUUACUGCUCCGUAGAAGAUCUGAACACUAGAAAUGCAAAAAAACCAUGUGUAGCCACACAACCAAUUCGUGGGGCUUUAAAAGAACUGUCAUUCAACAAAGUGUCCGAGCGUGUGAGAAAUUGGGAACAGAGAGUAAUGGAAGAACGGACAUCGGAAAUCUAUAACAAAAUGAAAAAUAAAAAAGAAGAAGAAGAGAGACAAGCCGAAGAAGCUGAUAAAAAGCAAGAAAUUGUUUGGAGAGAACAGAAACAAAAAGCUAAAGAAGUUGAGUUACAAAUUCGACAAAUUGCACGUCAAGCUAGAGAAGAACAUAGAAGGUCACUUCUAAAUACUACAGAAAAACCUCCUAAUGUAGUGUUUGUGCCAAAUUCAUCUAAGCCACCAAGUAAAAAAGCUGUUGUUGAAUGGUUUAGAGCGAAAGAAAUACCCAGAAGAGCUGGAUUUGAAAAAGAUAAAAAUGCCAUAGCCACUUGGUUCCACGGUCUCAUAACACGGCAAGAAGCAGAGAUUUUACUCAUCAACGAACCAGUGGGCAGCUUUUUAGUUCGACUAUCCGAACGAAUUUGGGGCUACGCCAUCACAUACAAAGAUCAUGAUUGCUGCAAACAUUAUUUGGUAGAUGCAUCUAAUGGUCAUUACCAGUUUUUAGGGACUAAUCAAAUAUCUCACAACACAUUGAGUGAAUUAGUCAGCUAUCAUCGAAACAUGCCAAUUACCAAGACUGGGGAAGAAUUAUUAUUAAAUCCAUGUAACCGCACAACAAAUUUGCCUCCUCUCGUUUUCCAAGGCUUAUUAAAAACAUGAAUACCAACUAAUACUAAUCUAAUGAAUUCUACUAUAUUUAUAUAAUACGUAUUUUUAUGUUAAAUAUAAAAUACAUUUUAAUUCCUCAUAAUUUAA